AUGGUUCUCGGCAAGGUUGCGCACUACGCCUUCGACGCGGUACUAGUCUCCGCCUUUCUCGCGGGCGUGCGACGCUCCACCGGCCUGACUGUAAAGCCGGAGCAGUUCAGCGACACGCCGAGCGUGCAGAAGUGGCUGGACAACUACCUGUGGGUGGGAGAGACGGUCAUGGAUUCGAGCGUUGCCCUGUUCGCGAGCAGCAGUUACUUCGAGCGGAAGCGGUAG